GUGCUGCGCGGGGCGGGCAUUGGUUCCACUUCCGGCCGCAGUCGCUCUCGCGAGAUCUCUCACUUCCGGCUUCCCUUUCCUCGCAGAGCAGGCGAAGAUGGCUGAAGUGGAGCAGAAAAAGAAGCGAACUUUCCGCAAGUUCACAUACAGGGGAGUGGACCUGGACCAGCUGCUCGACAUGUCAUAUGAGCAGCUGAUGCAGCUCUAUAGCGCCCGUCAGCGCCGCCGCCUGAACCGGGGGCUGCGCCGAAAGCAGCACUCCCUGCUGAAGCGCCUUCGUAAGGCUAAAAAGGAAGCGCCUCCCAUGGAGAAACCCGAAGUGGUGAAGACCCACCUGCGUGAUAUGAUCAUCCUCCCCGAGAUGGUGGGCAGCAUGGUGGGCGUCUACAACGGCAAGACCUUCAACCAGGUGGAGAUCAAGCCCGAGAUGAUCGGUCACUACCUGGGCGAGUUCUCCAUCACCUACAAGCCGGUGAAGCACGGCCGGCCCGGGAUCGGUGCCACCCAUUCCUCCAGGUUCAUCCCAUUGAAAUAAACCAGAGCUUUGGGAAACGGC